AUGGCCGCCGCAGAGACGCGCAGACUGCUUGAGCAGCUCAUGGGCGAGCAGCUCAUGAGCGGAUCCGACCAGCGCGCGCCCCAGCUCAGCAUCACCGACCCCAAGGUCUGCCGCUCGUACCUGGUGGGCAACUGCCCCCACGACCUGUUCACCAACACGAAGAACGAAUUGGGUCCCUGCCAAAAGGUUCAUAACGAGGCCCUCAAGACCGAAUAUCAGGACGCCGACGCCGACCAGAAGCGCAGAUGGAGCUUUGAGUUCGACUACAUGAGAGACAUGCAACACCACAUUGACAGCUGCAACCGCAAGAUCGAUCAGGCUCAGCGACGGCUGGAGAAGACACCCGAGGAGAUUAGGCAGACGAACGCCCUGCUCAAAGCAAUCAACGAACUGACCAAGUCUAUCGACGCCGGCAUGCUCGAAGUCGAGAUCAUGGGCCAGGAGGGUAUGGUCAACCUUGCCAUUCAGGAGUUCACCAAAGUCCGCAUGAAGAAGGCUGAGAAGGAGGAGCGGGAGAGGGAGCUCAGGGCUUUGUCAGACACGGGAGGACCAUCAGGUCAUCAAAAGCUCCAAGUCUGCGAUGUUUGCGGUGCGUAUCUCAGUCGUCUUGACAAUGAUCGCCGUCUAGCAGACCACUUCUACGGGAAAAUGCACCUCGGCUACGCCCAGAUGCGCAAGUCGUACGAAGCCCUGCAAAAGGAACUCAAGGGUCGAGCUCCGCCGCGCGACGCGUACCCACAGCGGGGCGACAACGACAUGAACGGCUCGCAGGGCGGAGGAUGGGGCGGUGGUGGAGGAUAUGGAGGUGGCGGCGGAUACGGUGGCCGAGGGGGUCGACGAGGCCGCGGCAGAAGAGGUGGAUGGUGA